UCUGAUCCGUAGUCGAUAUUCUUAUAUGCGUUCGGUUCAAUCCGAUUCGAAUCGCAAUUCCUAAUUUCCAAUCAAAAUAAUCAUCUGAUAGAUUGGCACAAAUUUGUCGAAAUUUUGUUGUGAAAAGCAGGUUUAAUCGUCGAAAAUGCCGAAGAAAAUGGGUGUGAACAGCAAAGCCGAAGCAGCUAGGGCACGGAGGAGCGCAACCGAGUCUGAGCGGAAGGAGCGCGUGGAGAAGGAGAAGGAAGAGCAGUACUGGCGGGAAGCCGAGGCAAAUAAGCCGAAAGCGGCGAAGAAGCGGGAGGAGGAAGCCGAGAAACGAGCCGAGGCGAACGCGCGGAAAGCCGAGGCGCGCCGAUUGGCGGAGCUGGAGGAGAAGGAGCUGGAGAAGAGCCUCACCAAGCCGGAUAAGAAGGCGAAUAGGGUCGGGGUGCCCCUGCCGAAGGUGACGGAGGCGGAGCUGAUCCGUCGGAGGGAGCAGGAGCAGGCGGCGUUGCAGCGUCGCGCGGAGGAGGAUAAGAGGAAGCAGAGCCGGACGGCGAAGGAGGAGGAGUACGAAAGGAUGGUGAGCGUGGAGAACACCAAUCGCGAUGAUUCGAUUAUCGAGGCGAGGUCGGUUGAUGAAGCGCUUGCGCGGAUGACUAUUGUGGAUAGUUUGCCGGUGGACAAACAUCCGGAGAAGAGGCUCAAGGCCUCGUUUAAGGCUUUUGAAGAAGCUGAGCUCCCAAAGUUGAAAGCGGAGAAGCCGGGUCUAACGCACACUCAAUACAAGGAUAUGAUUUGGAAACUCUGGAAGAAAUCUCCUGACAACCCUCUUAACCAGGUAGCUGAGAAGGCGUAGGCGUGUCUUUUCAUUAGAAGCCCAAUGAGUUUUCUCUGGGACUUGUGCAAAUAAGCUGAUGUUUCAUAUCUGUGUGAGUAUGUUGAUGACUAUGCGAGACAGCUUGGGCCGCCUCCACCUCCUCCACCAAAUUUGCAGUGUUCCAUCUCAGCUCGAUGCAGUAGAUUGAGAUAAUAAAGCGAACUAUGUAAAAACCAUUUUAAAUACAACCAUGUAUGUUUAUGUGAAUGCAUCCCAAUUGACCUCUUGCUUUACAGAAUUUGUCUGCGUGGUUUAUUUGUAAAAUUAGCUACUUCUCUUGAAAGAGAUUGUCUGUUUGUAUCUACUACUACAUCAACUUGCA